AUGGUUGCCAUCAAGGACCUGGCGCUAUCGGCAUUGCUGAUGUCUUCAGCACUAGCUUUUCCCUUCCAGAACCCCUUCAAGAUCGCCAACCUGCCAAAACCAGGUGAGAAACCCGUCCCAGGCGGUUCCCCCGUUUCAAUCUGCGACUCUACUCAGCCCCAAUUGCUUACACUGAAGGAGUUGGUGAUGACUCCCAACCCCCCAGAAAGAGGCGCCAAUCUUACCAUUUCCGGUACUGGAUUUCUCAAGGAAACUGUGGACGACGGUGCCUACGUGGAUGUCGAUGUCAGUUACGGGUAUAUCAAGCUAUUGCACCAAACAUUUGAUCUCUGCGAGGAGGUUUCCGAGGUUGAUCUGAAAUGCCCAGUCAAGGCCGGUGCCUAUGAAAUAACGAAGGAGGUCGAGAUCCCUGCUCAAGUUCCUCCUGGAAAGUAUGUGGUAUAUGCCCGGGCAUAUACCAAAGAUGAUGAUCUUAUAGCGUGCAUCACGGGUAGUGUUGAGUUCACUCCCAACGGGGUGAUCAAGUUUGACCUGGAUGCUUGA